AUGCCUCUGGACGAGACCAACAACGAAAGCUACAGAUACCUGAGAAGUGUCGGAAACACCUGGAAGUACAACGUCGAGGACCUCCACCCCAAGAUGUUGGAACGUCUGUACAAGAGGUUCGACACUUUCGAUCUCGACACUGACGGCAAGAUGAGCAUGGACGAGAUUAUGUACUGGCCCGACAGAAUGAGACAGCUGGUCAACGCUUCUGACGAACAGAUUGAGAAGAUGAGAGCUGCCUGCGACACCUUCUUCUUCCACAAAGGAGUAAACCGAGACACCGGUCUCGCACGAGAGGACUGGGUUGAAGCUAACAGAGUCUUCGCUGAAGCCGAGAGAGAAAGGGAACGACGUGGAGAAGGAUCUUUGAUUGCCCUCCUCUCCAACUCUUACUACGAUGUCCUGGAUGAUAAUGGUGAUGGUACUGUCAAUGUUGAAGAGCUCAAAACAAUGAUGAAAGCCUUUGAUGUACCCCAGGAGGCUGCCUACACCUUCUUCGAGAAGGGUGAUACCGACGGGACCGGAAAGCUGGAGCGACCUGAGCUGGUCCAUCUCUUCAGAAAGUUCUGGAUGGAGCCAUACGAUCCCCAGUGGGAUGGUGUCUACGCUUACAAAUACUAA